GCUGUGGGGACCUGGAGGUGCUGCUGACACAGGAGGUCCGCGGGGCCGCCGGCGGCUGGGAGCACACGGAGCCUGCCGGGGGAGGUAAACAUGGCUGCCGGCGGGCUGUGCGGGAUGGCUGCGGGCAGCGCCGCCCCGCGGCCGCCGGGAGCCGUGUUCCGCCGCCGGCAGCCCCGCUCCCGCCAUUCCGCCUCCCCUCAGCAGCGGAGCGGGAUGCAGGGCGGCGCGGCCGGCAGCGAGCCCCCCUUCGGUCCCCCCAAGCGCUUCCCGGUGGCGGCGGUGGAUGCUAUCCUGAGGGAUGUGCUGGGGAGCUGCCUGAGGGAGCAGCCCUACGAGCCGGCGCGGUGCAGGGAGAUGGUGAAGGACAUCGCUGAGGUUAUUAAAGCGCGAGUAAAAGACCUUAUGAUACCAAGGUACAAGAUUGUUGUGGUGACACACAUUGGGCAGCUGAAUGAGCAGAGCAUCCAGAUCGGAAGCAGGUGCCUGUGGGAUCCUGUGAGCGAUACGUUUUCAUCGUACGUGUUCAAGAACGCUUCACUGUUCGCUCUUGCAAAUGUCUAUGCUGUUUAUUUUGAAUAAGGUAGAGUUUUAACAGUAGGAGAAAUGAAUAUUCAGCCUAACUUUUCCUUUUUCUGUGGUUUGAAACAGUUCUGAAAGACCAAGGCAACUUUCACCUGUUUGAAAUGUGGUUACCACGAGCCUUAUGGUGAAUGUGGUGAAUGUGGUGAAUGUGAUAACUGUAUUUCCCAGAGUUUCCUCUGGGAAGUGAUUUGCUGUGACAUGCUGUUUUGCACCUGAUUCUAGCUGCUUUCAGAACUGGGUAUCCCUGAAAUACUUCUUUUUCUCCCUGAAUUUGCUCUUACUGUGUAACUCCCAAGUAGAAACCACAGGGGGAUUUUUGGAAAGUAAACCAAAAGCACUUUAAAACUGUCCCUGUUAAAUGGCAACUGCAGGCAGGGAAGCACAUGCUGGGCCUGUGGCCCUGGCUGUGCGCAUGCUGUGUUGCAGAUGCUGUGUCCCACUGAGCCAUGGUAGCUCAGUGCUGCAAGUUACCCUGCCCUGCCUGGGGAACAGCGGGAUCCCUUCAGACCUUCCUGCUGAAGAGAGGAAAGGAGAAUGAGGGAGUCAUUCUGGCCUGGCUGCCCCUGCACCCUGAGUACAGAAAAGGUGGCCGAGAGAAGGGGGCUGGUUCUGCUUGGAGAAGACUAGCUCAGUCCCAUAGGGUUUGAAAUCAAGUGAAAAACAUCUUCAAAUUAUAUCGUGUUCAGAGUAUAUAGAUCUAACAUAUCUGGGCCCUUCUGUGGAAAGUGCUUGAAUCCAGCAAAGAAAAACCAAAUUGGGGUUCUCAGCUGAUACCUACCUAUAGCUAACAGCUAAAGUACAGCCCUGUGAGUUCAGAAGUGUGUUUCCAGUCUCCCUGGGUGCAAAUUAACUGUCCGCCUCAUGUAGCCAUUACUGGAAGCAGCUGGAAUAGGAAAUAAAUCCUGGCUAAUACCUGCCCCGUUUGGGCUGGUGCUGGCUGAUGGCAGCUCCUGCCUGCAGCCCUUCCUUGCUAUGGUGUUGGGGUCUGGCUGACAGACCUCACUGCGGUGCACGCUGACAGAGCUGUCUGCACUGCCUGGGUUUGGUUCUGGUUCUGAAAAGGCUUGUUGCUACCCAUAUUUCACAGCUGAAUCCUGCUGCUGGGUUUUCGUAACAGAAUGAGCAUAUAAUAAAUUGCUUGGUUUAUUGCAUUUUAUGUGGAACUAGAACAGUAGUUAGAUGGGAAGAGAUAUUUUUACUCAUGACUAGAAGUUAAACUCUAAACCACUGUGAAGGCUUUGUGGCAUCCAGGCAUUCCAGCCUGAACUGUCCUUGCAGCAUUUGCUGGCUUGCACUGCAUUGAACAUGCAGCCUUUACUCCCUAAUGUGCUCCAGAGAAUAAAGCUACAGUUCAAGAAUACAACUGACAUAA